CCUAUAAAAGGGAUUCUUCGUGCCACGUUAUAGUGUUAUUUCUCCGGACAUCAGAUGACAAUGUCUUUUUCAAGUCUAAUUGUAGCCUCGCUCUUGAUUCUUUUGUUUGUGGAAAGUCAUGCAAGGAACAGCCAGGGGAAAUAUGCCUCAUGCAAGGCUAUCCUAAACGCGAACCCAAACGCUGCAGGAGGGGAAUACACCAUCAACACCAACACAGGCGACCAACGUGUUUACUGUGAGAUGGGAAUCAACGGGGGAGGGUAUACUUUUCUUCCACGACAGGCGAUAGUGACGGGUACCAGUCUUAACUUGGAUAGCGUUUUCACCGAUAAAUCCCACGUGUUGCUUCGUAUUUCGUACGACAAUGGUAGGCAGCCGUUCACCGUCCUGCGACAGCUGCAUAGAUACGCCUCCACCCCCCUUUCAGUUCAGGUGAACUCCCAAUUCGGAUACACGACUCCCGUCAAUAAGGCCAUGGGACCGCACUUAUUUCUGGGAUUCUUGCCAGCAAAUAUUGCUAGCAACCCCAGCUAUAAAUAUCAGGGUAUCCAAAGCAACGGUAAAGAUAUCGCGUUCAACAAUUGCGACAGAAACCCGAACAGUUACUUUACAUUCUUUCCAAAUCAUCGUGAAGUGCCACCAAGUUCCUAUGGAGGCUCAGGCAUUGGAGCCAAUUUCUACGACGCAUGGUUCAAGUCCGCUAAGCCAGUGCCAUCUGGACGUACGAUGCCUAAUGAAUUUUUCUUCUUCACCGAACUCCACUUUGGAGGGUGUGGUACCUAUACCAGUAGCGAUAAGUGGGCGCGUGCAACGGGCGUGGCCAUAGGGUUCCGCUAAUCCUGUUGCGGGCACGUUGACAGAAACACAAAGGUAUUCGGUUAGAGAUGCGAGCAAAGACCCUGACAUAAAUGAAUAUAACACACAUGCUUUGGUGAUGAAGAGAUAUUUUAAAUAUAUGUACAUUGCAGAUGUUGAAUAAAUGUGUUUUAAUAUAUUA